AUGAUGCCGUUGACGACGCCGCUGGCGAGUCCCGGGCCCGCGCGCACUAGAUAUGACGAUCAUGAGACACUGGAGGAUCCGUCGGAGGUGUAUGGAACCUUUCACGGCCGUGAGGUUCCCGAUAUCGGCGAGAGACCGCACGUGUCUAGCAAAUUAUGGCGUUCUGUGGGUAUUGCGACGUUGUUGCUGGUCGUAGCCAGCUACAUGCUGCUGCAGAGCCAUUAUGACUCCGUUAGAGGACGAGAGGAAAGCAAAACGAGCUCAAUAAGCUCCUUGGUGGCCCCCGAAGUACAUCAGAAGGCCCAGAAUGAGGUACACGAGACCACGACAUUCAGUCAUAAACACAAGGACCAAAACGAGAGUGAUGGUCUCUCGAAGCUCGAGAGCAAAUUCUUGGACUCCGUGGACACCACAGAGAUCCGUAAAUUCCACGGAGCAUACGCCAGUGUCCCCCAUCCGGCCGGUAGCCACCAGGACUACAAAACGGCACUGUUUACAGCCGAACAGUUUGAGUCUUUCGGACUUAAAGCCGAGAUCGUGGAGUAUUACCCACUGCUAUCACUGCCGAUCCACUGA